AUGGAAGCAAAAGGAUAUAUGAGUGUCAAGUCAUUAGAGAGAGUGCUUUCAGAGAAGGCACUAAAGCUUGGAAACUCAUUUCCAUGUCAAAUCUGUGUUGUGGGGUUACUAUGUGGAAUCUGUCUCACUUCACUCUUCUUAGCUGCUCUCACUUCCCUUGGCACCUUCGAGCUCGCCGCCUUCUCUGUUUCUCCUACUUGCAACUCCACUUCUCAAAUCAUCAAUAUGGUUGAAACAAGCAUAGACCACCGUAAAUUGAAAUGGAAGAGCAAAGCUGAGAUAGAAGAAAAUGAUCAGGUGAAUCUUUUGGUCUCUGCUUGGGACAACUUGUUACUAAACAAUGAAGACUACUUCAACAAACUAGGCAUGAACAAAUCUGAUGUCCCAAACGCUCCACAUUUGGAGAAUUGUGAGGAGAGCACACGAGUUAGGGAGCGUUUGGAUACACUAAUAGAGAAUCAGACAUUUCCUCCUUGGAUCAAUGGAGGAGAAGAAGAGAACUAUCCAUUGACGAGUAGAGCGCAGAGAGAGAUAUGGAUUCAUCAGCAUCCUCUCGACUGUGAGAACAAGAGCCUCAAGUUCCUUGUAGCUGAUUGGGAAACGCUUCCUGGUUUCGGAAUCGGAGCUCAGAUCGCUGGAAUGACUGGUCUUCUCGCAAUCGCCGUAAACGAAAACAGAGUGCUCGUUGCAAAUCACUAUAACCGAGCAGAUCACGACGGUUGCAAAGGUUCUUCUCGAGGAAGCUGGUCCUGCUACUUUCUACCGGAAACGUCGAAAGAGUGUAGGAAACGCGCGUUUGAGUUGAUGGAGAAGAGAGAAGCGUGGGAGAGUGGGAUUGUCACAGGGAAACAAAACUACAGCACUAAGCAGAUUUGGGCCGGGCAUAUCCCAAAGCUAUGGGGUAAGCCUUGGAGUUACAUGAAGCCCACUACAGAAGUCAACGGAAGUUUAAUCUCCGUUCACCGGAAAAUGGAUCGGAGAUGGUGGAGAGCUCAGGCGGUGAGAUACUUGAUGAGGUUUCAAACGGAGUACACUUGCGGUUUGAUGAACGCUGCUCGACAUUCCGCGUUCGGAGAAGAAGCUGCGGAGAUCGUUCUCUCCGCGGGAGAUUGGAGAGAGAAGAAGAAGGUUAGGACAGAGAUUGAGGAACACGUGUGGUCGAAUCUCAGACCGUGGAUUCCGAGACCGAUGCUGAGCGUGCACGUGCGGAUGGGAGACAAAGCGUGCGAGAUGAGAGUCGCGGCUUUAGAAGAGUACAUGCGUUUAGCUGAUCGGAUCAGAGACAGGUUUCCAGAGCUCAACAGGAUCUGGCUCUCUACGGAGAUGAAGGAAGUUGUGGACAGAAGUAAAGAUUAUGGCCACUGGAGAUUCUAUUACACGCAAGUGGCGAGACAAGUCGGUAAUAAAUCGAUGGCUGAGUACGAAGCUAGCCUCGGGAGAGAGAUGAGCACGAACUAUCCUCUCGUUAACUUCUUGAUGGCGUCGGAAGCUGAUUUCUUCGUCGGAGCAUUAGGUUCCACUUGGUGUUUCCUCAUCGACGGUAUGAGGAAUACCGGUGGUAAAGUCAUGUCCGGUUAUCUCAGUGUCAAUAAAGACCGGUUCUGGUAA